AGGAAUGUCGCGUCGAGCGUGCGACACAAGCGUUGUACGCAACGCCGCGUACGCGAGCGAAACAUUUUCACCGGCUAUCCUUCAUUUUCGCGGCUCACGCGUUAUCACGACCAUCACAACAGUCACGGAUAUCGAACGUUAUCACGAUAAACGCGCGCGCGCGCACACACGCUCGUUUCAAAAUCGAUCGAGCGCACGAAUACUUUCCCCUUUUCUCGUCGUUCGACGCGCACACGUGACCGUUCGAACCUUCGUUCUGUUACUCAAUAGUUACUUCGAACCGGGUGGUAGCCGGUGACAAUGCUAGGUGCAAUGACAUCCGUUCGUCAUUAACCGCUUCCCCAUCUCCCGUGCAACUUUGUACCUUUCGUUUCCGAGGAAGUGACAUCAAAAAAGCUGGACGCACUGCUGCUGGAUCCUAGUUUCGCGAUCGAAACUUUGGAUACUUGGAGGAGGAGGGAGGGGUAGCGGCUCGAUUCGAUCAUCGAACGUCUCUCCGACAAGUAGGAGUGUUUUAAUCGCGUAAAAGUCGUCAGAGGACAAGUUCGCUAAACGCAUUCGGUGACACUUGAUGAAUAAAGAAGCGAAGAAAAACACGUAUGGAGGGAACGGCGCGUAAGGAGAGAGAGAGAGAGAGAGAAAGGACGAAGAGCGCGCAAAGUGUAGGACGCGAAGGGAAAUUUAAACGAGAGAAAAAGGAAGGCGAGAAGAGAGGAGAUAGCUCGAAGGAACGCGAUUAAAAACGUAAGCGAACGUAACUCGAUAACACGGCGAUUAAUAAAUUCCUAUUUCGCGAGAGAAUUAAAAAAAGAAAAAGAAAAGGAGAGGGAGAGAGAGAGAGAGAGAGAGAGAGGGAGAGAGAGAAGAAACGAAGAGGACGGCGCGGAAAAAGAGGAAAGGAUCAGUAUGUACGCGUGGCUAGCGGCGUGGCAAGGCAAAAGUUGUGGCGAGGUAAGUGGAAGCGAAGCGAGGCGAGGCGAGGCGAGUCGAGGCGAAACGAGGCGAGGCGCGAGCGAGCCGAUCUAAAGAGGCAAACGCAGAGAGGAAGGCGAAGAGCGAGGCGUGGCUCUGUCGGAGGAGCGGUACGGCCCUGGGAGGCGGUGGUGAGGCCUCGCGGAGGAGCAGCGACGACGAGGAGGUGCACGGCACGGGCCAGACAAACAGACUGGCACUGGCAUCGCGGGAGUCAGCGGCAGUGGUCACCGCUGGUCACCGAGACGGUCUCUCUCUCUCGAGAAUCGGCCCGCGUUUCGCCAACAUGCGCCCCGUGUCUAUCCUCUGAAUCGCGGAAACGGGCAAAGUGCGCGCUCGGUUAUGUGCUUCGGAAUCGAUCCUCGAUCGCGGUAACCAACCAACCGACCAACUCGACCGGAGAGAGUAUCACUGCCGUGGAAUCGGGCUCGAUCGACCUCGGGAUUAGUUGCCACUGUGUACUUACACCGUGCGCGGAUAAAUUCAUCUUGGCGGGAUAAAAUCGGGAAGAAAAAGUAUCUGUUCGGAUCGACGGUUUUCCAAGGAGGAGGAGGAGGAGGAGGAGGAGGAAAGUUGGUAGCAGCUCGGUCGAGAGAGGAGAGGAGAGAAAAAUCGGGGCGACUAGGAGUGGAGGAGGAGGAGGAGGUGUAGAAGCAAGGGGCGAGGGGGAGAAGUAAAGAGACAAUCGGUGGUAUUCGGGAGAGUGGCGCGUUUCGGUGUAACGGUCGGUGUACGGUAUAACAACAGAGUGUGCGCGGUGUCCUCGAAGGGCGAUCGAUCGAUCGAUCGGCCCGGUCGCAGCCUCGAUCGUCGUCCACGUUGGUGGCUCGAUAGGGACGACGACGACGACGACCACGUCGUCGUCGUGCGAACGCCGACGUAGGAGGAGGAGGAGGGGAAGGUGGUGCUGGUGGAGGUGGUGGUGGAAGCGGGGGGAGGUGGAAUGGUGGCUUCCGGCCGAUCUCGAGCGGAAAGAAGACGCGCCGAGAUGUCGCCGCGCCGUCUCGCGCCCCUGCUGAUCCUCGGCACGAUCCUCGCCGGGCUGACGAGCACCGCCGCCGCGGACAGGAUGAGCGGCCUCUACGUCGACAACGGUUUCGACCAGACCAUCGUCCACAGGGUGGUCAGCCAGCGCGAGAAACGGGAGGUCGAGCACGAGAUAUUGAAUCUUCUUGGAUUGCCGGAUCGGCCGAGGAACACGGCCGGUAGGCCGCCGCAGGUCAAGAGGUCGGCGCCCAAGUUUCUCUUGGACAUAUACAAGAACGCUCUUGGCGAGGACGAGGACGAGAAGCCGAUCGGCGAGCAGCAACGUAGGGCCGGCGAGUUCGACCUCACCGGUCAGGAUCUCAGGGCCAUCGACCAGAGCGACGUCAUCAUGACCUUUGCCGCGCACAAUCAUCACGUUGCCGGAGUGAGGCACGAGCGCGGCAAAAGGCUCUGGUUUGACGUCUCCGAGGUACCACCCGGGGAACACAUAAUCGGUGCAGAGCUCAGGCUCUAUCGCAGCAUGGACGUGAAGAAUCGGAGGAAUCGUGGAUCGUACAUGAUCACGGCCUACCGGGUAUUGAGAACCGAAGACGGAACAAGGGAGUUGCAAUACGUAGACGCAGUGAACACGACGACAGGAAAGGAAGGGUGGUUGACUUUAAAUAUUAGCGAAUCCCUCUCCCAUUGGGUGAAUAAUCCUGAUGGAAACAAGGGAUUAUAUCUGUCGGUACAUCCCGCGGAUCGUUCUGUGCACGAGAUGAGACCGGAAGACAUCGGGAUCCUCGCGUUCAGAGGCGAUCCCGACAAGCAACCAUUCAUGGUUGGUUACUUCAAGAGUUCCGGCAUCAGAGAGUCGAAGGUACGACAGAAACGGGAUGCCAGGAGAAGAAAGAAGAGCGAGUCAUCGAGCCUGGAUUAUCGGAAUAAUCCGUACACCGAUCCCGGUACGCAGUACAACUCGAGGACCUGCAAAAUCCAAACGUUGUACGUCAGCUUCAGGGAUCUGAAGUGGCAGGACUGGAUCAUAGCACCGGACGGAUACGACGCAUAUUAUUGCAGCGGCGAAUGCAAUUUCCCUUUGAACGCCCAUAUGAACGCGACCAAUCACGCGAUCGUCCAAACGUUGGUGCACCUGGUCAGCCCUGGUAAGGUACCAAAGCCUUGCUGCGCCCCUACCAAGCUCUCGCCGAUCUCAGUGCUGUAUUUCCUCGACGAAAGCAACGUUAUACUGAAGAAGUACAAAAACAUGGUCGUGAAGAGCUGCGGUUGCCAUUGAUCGGCACGUGUGCACGAGCUUCCAGUUCAACUGCGAAUCGCGACACCUGAAUCUUGACGGUCUCAAUCGACCGACCGAAUCCGCCGCGAUCCGCCAUUUCCUCAAAUCGCUUUCGAUUCGUCUCUUCUUUUCUUUCUUUCUUUCUUUUCGAUCGAGUCGUGGGGAGGAUACGCAUCGUUCACGCGUUGUGGAAAACGUAAGAAUGGAAAUUUCGGGAAGAUCGUGGAACGCGCAACGAUUCGGGAGGAUCGGUUGGGGGAGCAAUUGAAACGAAACCGCUGAUUCGGCUCGAUUUUCCGUUCGGUCGAAACAGGGAGUAUCUUUGAGCGUCGGUUGUUUGUGCCCACGCGAAAACGACGAAUGCCGAUCGAUGGCCGGUUAACGAGCGCCGCAAGAAAAUCAUCGGUCGUCUGGUGCCAAAUUCUCGACUAGUAGAUAGUGUAAUUUCUCGAAACGAGUGCUUCCGUACUAACGAUCGUUAAUAAUAAUAAUAAUAAUAAUAAUAAUAAUAAUAAUAAUAAUAAUAAUAAUAAUAAUCUCGUCGCUGGCAAAGGUGAAUGUUCGAAUACGUUUGGGAAACGAUCGAUCGACGAAUACGUGCAAUUCCGACACCAGAUCUUUAUCCGGUUUUAGUGGAUAUCGUUGUAAUAUACAUACGUAACAAUCAUAAUUUUUAUUCGAUUUACUUCGAAUCCUUUCUUCCUUUCUUCUUCUUCUUCUUCUUCUUCUUCUUCUUACUUUUUUUUUUUUUUUAAUGGACUUAAAUAUCUCAUCCAACGUUCAAACGUUCGGUCGGAUUAAUAUAAUCGUGUAACACGAUUAUUAUUAAUUUAAUGACUCGAACAUUCUGAGAAGAAAAAAGAAAAGAAAAAAAAAAGAGAGAGAGGGAAAGAGAAGUUUCCACUUGGUCUAUCGUAUCAUCGUAUCUUGGCGAAGAAAAAAAAACACAACACACUUGUAUCCGCGUUUUCGAAAGUAUUUAUGCACGUAAACCGGCAUAAAGAGCAAAAAAGAUAUCACUUUUUCUUGUAAUUAGAUUUAUUUAUGUUUGUAAGUAAUGAUCGCGUCUGAUCGAGCGAAUAAGAGCAUCCGUGUUUAAUAGUCGUGUAUGUACAGGCUGUUUCAUAAGAUGAAACGAAUCCACCAAGUGAGAGAGAUUCUUCGCAAAAAAAAAAAAAAAAGAAAAAAGAAAGAAAGAAUCGAAUCGAUUCUCGAUUUACUUAACGGAAAUCGAAUCGAUCGAGAAUCUAAUUCCAUCGUACGAAACGUAGUCUACAGAGUAGUCGGGUAAUUGUCACCUUGAUUUUUUUUUUUUUCUUUUUAAGCUACGAAGGACGAAGAAGAAUUUAUAUAUAGCGAAUACUGCGUGGUACAAAAGUGUAUGGUACCAAGUAUUACGGUAUGAUAAUACCUAGUUUUUACUCGUUAUUUAUUAGGAAGAGAGAAAAGAUUUUUUUUAAAAGAGAUGUUAGAAGAUUUUAUUAAUCGUCGUAAAAUAUUUUAACGCGUUGAUUAACCGAUAAAUCCGCAACAGUUUAUAUUACUUUUAAAGUAAUGAUUUUACAUUCGUAUAUUUCCUUUUAAUUUCCUAUCCCAUCUACGUGAUAAACACUAUGUGUGGUAUUUAUCACGUGAGAUAUAUAAAAUACAUAAAAUGUUGAAAUUGAAUGGUAUUGGAAUUAAAGGGAAUCCAAUUCGAAUCUAAUCAAAACUGUUGUGAUAAAAAUAAUAACGAUAAUUGCAGACAAUCAAGUUCUCAGUCAAUUAAAUUAAUUUAAUACCGAUUAUACGAUCGAAUCUUUUCCACUGUAUAAUUAUUGUAAAUUAAAUCUUUUUCUCCAGCUUCUUCCUCGUUCCGGGGAACGUUGAUUCUCUGUAACGAAAAUUUUAUUUGCUUAUGAAAGGAAAGAUUCAUCGAUGAUCAAAUAUUUUUUUUUUACUUUAUUAAAGUAAAAAUAAAAAUAAUAAUUAUUGGAGAAAAAAGAAAAUAUUUCGAUAUAAAUAAUAUAUGUAAUGGUGUAUUAAUAACGUAACGCACAAUGUAAGCAAAUAAAAUAAUAUUAAAGAAGAAUCCAAGUAAAGCGAUGUUAUAGAGGAUUAAGAUGGCGACAGUUACCGAACCACCCUGUAUAUACUUGCACACCCAUGUAACUCAACUUUCUAUGUACAUGUAUGUAGAGUGUAAAUGUAUUUAUAUAUACGUAUAUAGAAAGUGGAAGAGUCUUUUAUUUUGUAAUGUCGCGAACUUCUAUCUAAUGUGCGAAAGGCAAUCAAAUUUUUGAAUAAAAAUAUCGCAAAUACAAACAUAUUUUUCAACCGGAGCGAAAUAUCACGUGCAAUGAGAAUUUAUUUUAAUUAACGUGUCCACUGCCGAACGAAUUUUUUUUUUCUUUAUCUGUGCGUUGUGUGUGCCAACAUAUUGUCGAAAUAUUUCAAAAAAUUUCCUAUUUGUUAAUUCGCCAUACACAUUGUGUGCACAUCGUAAAAUCCCGUCUUAAUCCCGAUUAAAAUUCAUAAUUAAGCGCAGUGAACGUGUUAAAUCGAACGAAUAGUUUUUUCCGCCCACUCUUACGUUUUCCUUUUUUUUUUUUGUAUAAAUUUCCAUUUUUUACAAGCUCGUAAGAAACAUAGGAGAAUUAUAGUCAUACUUAAUCGACACACGCGUGAGAUUAAAAGUUUUAAAUUAUUCCGACGCGAAACUCGAUUGUGCUGCCACCGCUGCUCGAGAAAUAUGUGUCAGCGUUGUUUAAAAAGCGAUUAACGAGCGUUUAACCGUGUGAAUGGGAAUGAAGAAGCAUAGUCCAUUUUAGCUCGUGGGAUGCGUGAAUGCCUUUGUGAAUGCGAUCACAAAUCAAUCGAUGAAUAUAAUAGUCUGUGGUAUCAUUAACACAAUUUUUGUAAUGACAAUGUAAAUAUAUCGUUGUAAAUACGUUCUAUAAUACAUACUACAUAUAAUGUGUACAAUG